ACAUACGUCACCAAAAUGCGACGGACGAUCAAAAGGGUUGUAAUUAUAAAAUUUACAGUCCGUGGACGACCACCGGAGUCCCUUUGAAAACAUAAUAAAAUAGAAGAUUAAUCGUCACGCAUAAACGUCUUUCAAUGGUUGGACUGUAGCGCACCCGGAGCUGCCGCAGCAGCAGCAGCAGGAGCAGCAGCAGGGAUGAGGAUCCGGCUGCAGGGUCCCGGCCAUGCUGCCAGCCUUCUCGCUGAGCUCAACCGCUGCCGCCAAUCACGUAGAUACUGUGAUGUGUUCCUACAAGUUGGCAACCGCACAUUCGCAGCGCACCGUGCAGUGCUGGCCUGCGCCGGGACGUACUUCCGCAACCUCUUUGCCCGGGCUCCGACCUCGUCCACCGCUGCCUUCUCUUUGGAGUUUAUUUCCCCGGCCAACUUUGAGAAGGUGCUGACAUUCCUCUACACGGGGGAGAUCUUGACGGAUCUCAUAGAUGUCGGGGUACUGUAUGAGCUGGCUGAGAGGCUGGGAGUUAGUGAACUGGUGAGGGCCUGUCACGCUACCUUCCCUGACCUGCAGGCUUCUGUGUCUGCAAACUGUAAAGCAGGCAGUGCUGGAGACCUCACCCUGGACUCCAGCAUGGUUGCUGCUGCUGCGUCCACAGUGGCUGUUGUUAGUGCAGCUUCUGUAUCUGCAUCGUCUGUGUGUUCCUCCGCCGCCUCCUGCUCGUCUCUGUCUUCGUCAGCUGCCCCGACCCCUGCUGCCGCUCCCUCACCUCUCUUCCAAGCCAGGACAGCCAGGGCCGGCCGUGAAGCUCACACUGGGGCUCUGUCUCUGGACCUGAAGGCAGAAGACGUCCAGUCUCAUAUCGGCUAUGGGCAGAUGUCAGCAGAUCAUCAACUACCAGGAGGACACAGUCUUUUAACCAGCAGCCAUUCCAGCCAGAGUGAUGGCGUGCUGCCUCCGGGGCCUGUGCUCCAGCUGAAGACUGAGCAGGGGCUGGAAGAAGAGGAGGCAGAAGGCAGCUGUGAGGAUGGAGACAGAGAUAGACGAAUGGUUUCUGAGAGCGCGGGAAGCUCUCUGCCUCAGAGCAGUGACGCUGCACCGUCUGACUCCUGCUCCUUCCCCGACUCCUCAGCUCAGGUCGGAGCUGAGGCCUGCGACCCGACGUCGUCCUCGGGAGAGCCUCUAGGCAGCCUGCAGGUGGGAUCGGUGGAGAGCGGCAUGGAGGUGUUUGGAGAGGUGGAGGAGGGAGAGAAUGAGGAGGAGAGGGAGGCUCUGCGAGGGAAUGGAGCAAUGGAGGGAACAGAGGAGGAGCAGUGGAGACAGCUGGCAGGUGAGAUCAUCGAGCUGAGCGACGAUGAGAACUUCAUGGAGGAGGGAGAUGAGGAGGAUGAUGAAGACGACCUUGUGUGUGUGGAGAAUGGAGAAGAAGGGAACUCAAGCGGCCAGGUGACGGGGAACAUGCUGUCGUGUAAAGCCUGCGCAGUGCCUCUCCCAGCAGACCCGGCUGCCAUCAGAAGACACGCUGAGACCCACCUGACGGAGCUGGGGCUCUGCAGAGUGUGUGGGGCCUCGUUCCCGGACCACGGCGCCGGUGUCACCCACUCCCUCUCCCACGUUGGGGUGCAGCUCUUCACCUGCGACAUGUGUCACUUGCAGUUCUGCAGCCAAAACAAACUGCUGCGCCACCACCGCCAGGCAGCCUCCAGUUACACAAUACCACAGGGGGCGCUGACCAACAGCAGCCAAGGCCUGAGCUCCGAGCUGCAGUGUGCAGUGUGCGUCAAGACCCUCAGCAAGGACUUCCAGACUGUCAAAGACCACCUGCUGAGCCAUGUGUGUCCCCAGAGCCUGAGCUGCGGUGUGUGUCACCUCCCCCAGCUCUCCUUGUGCUCCCUGCUGUGGCACGCCCUCGCCCACCUCUCUUUGCCCGUCUUCACCUGCCCACACUGCGCCCGGUUCUUCGUAGAGCGCUCCCUGCUGGACAAACAUAUGACUGCACACGCUGAGGAGGCGGCAGCUAAGGAGAGGGAGCGGUCGGCGCUGAGGGCUUUCCGAGUCGAGGCAGAUGGAGUCGGGGGAGGUGGUAUGGCAGGAGUGGAGGAGUUGCAUUGCUUCCUGUGCCCACAGACUUUCCGCUCCUCCUCUGCCUUUCAGUACCACCUCAGCCUGCACUCCACCGAGUCCCUGGGGAGUGGUGGAGGUGUUGGGGCCCAGGGCUGGCUGGGCAAACGUAAAGCUGACCAAUCUCUGGAGUGCCCUCCGUCCUCCUGCUCCUCCUCCUCUCCACGGGAGGUCGCCGGCCUCGUUAAAAUGAGCAACCUGGGUUUGGGGCUGGGAAUGGGCUUCAGCAUACCAGAUAAGUUUUUUCAAGGGUCAAUACACAGCCUGCCCUCUGGAGUCUUGACCAACGGGAGUUCAGGGCAGGACGGGGGAGCCGGAGCAGCAGGCGUCCGUGGGAAAUGGUACCGGUGUCGCUACUGUGGUAAACGUUUCGCCCACUCGGGGGAGUUCACCUAUCACCUCCGCAUCCACACCGGGGAGAAACCCUACCAGUGCAAAGUCUGUCUGCGCUUCUUCAGAGGCCGCUCCACCAUGAUCUGCCACCUGAAGACGCACGCCGGUGCUCUCAUGUACCGCUGCACCGUCUGCGGCCUUUACUUCUCCACGCUGAAGCUGGUGUCGUCACAUAUGGAGCUCCACAAGGACCACCUGCCCCCGGACUUCAACAUCGAGCAGACCUUCAUGUACAGUGAUCACUCUAAGGAGCCGCUGCCCACAGUGGACACCUGAUGGGCUCUGUGUGUCGGCCUGGCGUUUCUCUCCUCGUCCCUUUUUCCUCUCUCUGACACGUCCUCUGUGUCUGGUUGUCGUGGACCACAUGCUGAAUAUAAUAGACUAGCUAGGGCUGUAACUAAUGAUUAUUUUCAUUAUCAGUUAUUUUAUUGAUGAGUCGAUUAAUCGUUUAGUCUGUAAAAUGUCACUAAUUGAUUUGAGAAGCUGGAACAAGAGAUUGUUGGCAUUUUUGCUUGAUAAUAUCGGUUAUCAAAAUUGUUGCAGAUUACUUUUCUGUCAAUCAAACUAAUUGAUUAAUCGUGUCAGUGCUAUAAUAGACUUAGACUUUUAGAAUGUAGUGGACAUAUUAUCUGUCAGAUGCUGUUCACUGAGUCAACCAGUCUCUUUGAACUAAGAUAAAAAGAAGCCACUUGGUGGCAGUGUAUCCUGUUCUGUGUCAGUGAAAGAAGGGAAGCUGGUGGAUUGUGGACUGUCAUGCAGCACUCUGCUUGUAUUAUCUACUCCGAACAAGUCUGUAUCUUUAUAACUUAAACAUCGGGAUAGGUUUUUAUGUCAGUGAUUGAUACUUAACACUGUUAUUAAAGCAGCACCUCAAUGUAGCAUAGAAAUUAUUUUCUUAGAAUUGCAGUCACUAUUUUCACACACUACAAUUUUUUAAGUCUUUUAAAGUUUAAUUUUUCACUCCAGAUGCAACAUGACCAGCCACAUAAGAGUGCAUUUUAUUCAGUCAUUGAAACAUAAAAACAUGCAUCUUUAUGAAUGCUUUCAGAUUAUGCCAUUGAGUCACAUGCUGAAUUCACUUGUUUAGAGCACGUGAAGCAUGUUGUGCUGUAGAAACAUGAUAUUUAAGUGCCCAUCACAUUUCUGUGUAAUAUUUUUGUCUUACCUCAUAUUUAUGAUGACAGUGCAACUAUUUAUUAUUUUUAUGCCUUUAUACAUUUCAUUAUGUUUCUAAAGCCAUCUAUGAAUGUUGGCCUUUUUUAAAUAUUGUUUUUGAAAAGAAAAAUAAUAAAUGCCUCUAGGAAGACUGUUA